ACAGCUGGGUUAACUUUUGUUCCUGGCUCCUACUUAAACCCCUCUCAAUCUCUUUCUCAUGACUUGAGCGGGUUAUUUUUAGGCGAGGACCUUAGAGGUUGCAGAGCGUUUCAUAUGCUGCACUGCAGUGACACCCUGUGUUCAGUAUUAUUACCCACCCUCUAUUCUAGCCAAAGGGUUCUGCUGCUGAUCCUUGAAGACUUGGGACGGGUCGCUCAAAGGAAAGAGUAUCACUCGUCCUCCUUGCUUUGCGCAUUCAUUACUUCUCAAUUUAAAUUUCAGGUAUCUUUUUAAGCCUCUCUGCACUCAGUACCCAUUCCACUGUCACUCACAGGAACAAAGUCAUCCCCAAGACCAUGUAGGAUGAUCAACGCAGUGGCGGUCAAGGGCAAUGAACCUGUAAUUCUACCUGCAACUACUUCAGGAUGUAAGGAUGCAUAAAAGACAUGGGCUGCAGAUGUAUUUAUAGUAGUUUUACAUGGAUCAGGAUCAGCUUCCGUUUAGAAAUUUGCCCUGAGUUAUUCAAGAGUUAGGCCGGCAUUACAGAAGCACACUGCCCCUCCACAUAUAACAAACUACAGUUUGCAUUCAACCUUUAACAAUUACCAGUCAAUAACACACACAGAGAUAUUGCACAUUCCACACUAUAAAAGCUAUGAUGUUAGAUAAUGUAUAAAACAGGUCAUUUUAAAACUACACUUUAAUGCCAUCUCCUCAAAUAUCCCCUGGAGAGAGGAUAUAGGCAGCAUAUAUCAUCUGGGUUUUUUUAAGGAGAGGUUAUUGAACUAUGCAGUGAUGCCAUAACGAAUGACAGAUUCAUUCGCUGGCCAGCAGAACAAUAAGAACUCUGCUUUUAUCCACUCCAUCGCCCCCCUUCGCCUUUGGAAAAUGUGCAGACUCUCACUGAUUGGUAAUCAAAAAAUAUUCCACAUAAUGAGGCCCUACUGCAACUGAUUCAAUUAAGACAAGCAGCUACUUUAUGGAAAAUAACAAGGGGUCCAAAUGAAGCCUCAUUGUGUUGUCACCAUGAUCAGAUAUACAACACAAUUGGCUCUUCUCCGACAGCUGAAAUGUGAUGUUCAAUGGACAGUGUGGCAGGUGUUAAGUAACCCCUUUAAAUGUGUCAUCAUUCAGUUGAUUUUAUAUUAUUUGUUUGGUUGUUUUGGGUGGUUUUUUGGUUUGUUUGUUUGUUUUUAUUUCACACACUGUGUUAUUCAGUUUUUCACAUCUUCCCUGGCUCUCAGUCGUAUUUGUCAUCGUGAUUGUCAUAUUACCGAGCUCAUUGCCAAGCACCUGAAAGCAGCACCACACACCGCCAUAAAAAGUCCUUCCCGGGUUUUUUUUUGUUGUUUUUUUUAAAUCGGCGUUCCGUUGCCAUGGAACUGACUUUGUUUCCUCGUUCCCGGUGUGGCCUCGUCCAAGAGUGAACGGUUGUGCUUUACUGAUAAAGUCAAGACUCGGGAAAUAACCGUGACCCGUCCUCGGCGUCCAGGGGGACGGGGGGCGCGGACGACGCGACGCGGUCGGGGUUCCUGAAGGUUUUCUCCCCAGCGCGGACAAGGGAAUCCUUCUCAGAAUCCCAUUUGAAUCGUAGCAGACUCGGACGCGAGGCGCUGAGCUACUCGACCACGUUUGAAAAAAUGCGAGACCGGGCCGAGACCACCACCCGGAGAGACGAGCACAAUUCCUUGAGGAAGUCUUGCUCUUAGGCACAAUGGCAGACUCGAAAGAUGAAGUCAGGGAUCAGCUGCAACUUGACCCUCGGUCGGGCCCCGCGAUGAGGGGCAGAGAAGCAGAGGGCCGCCUGCAGGUCCUCCAGAUCUACCGCCUGCUGCAGUGUGUCCACGAAGGGGACAGGGUGCAGAUAGAGAAGCUGGUGAACCUCGGGGUAGAGAACCUCAUCAACCUCACCAAACCAGAAGACGGCGCGGGGGUGCUCCACAUGGCAGUUUCAGACAACAGGCAUGACCUGGUCAGCUACCUCCUGUCUCGGGGAGCGGACCCAAACAUCCAGGACAAGAAGGGCCGCACUCCCGUCAUGUUGGCCGCCGAGCUGGGCAAUGAAGCCAUCUUGGUGCUGUUGGCGGAAAACAAUGCCGACCUGAGGCUCCAAGAUGCUCAGGGGAAAGGUGUUCUGUUCUACCUGAUUUACCCCACCAAGUGCCACACCCGCUGCCUGCAGCUGGCGCUGGAGUGCCGGGCGGAAGUCAACAACGUGUCGGCGCAGGGGACGCAUGUCUUCCAGAUCAUGUGUGAAAGAGCUCACGACUGCACCCACCUCUGCCUCAUCAUGCUGAAUGCUGGGACAGACCCCAACGCAACGAACCAGGAGACAGGCAUCACAGCGUUGAUGGAGGCAGCCAAGGCGGGCUCCCUGCAGCUUGUGAGAGCCAUUCUCAAGGAAGGGGGAGACCCCAACGCCCUGGACCGGAAACGCUUCAGUGCAGUGCACUAUGCCGCAAUCGGGGGCGUUUUUGAGGUGAUUAAAGUGCUGUCUGCAUACUCAGCAAACAUGGACGCGAUUAACAUGGACGACUGCACACCCCUACACUACGCUGCUGCCAUAGGCAACGUCAACUUCUGCAAGUUCCUGGCACAGCGAGGUUGUAACCCAAAGUACAAGAACCUGGAAGGUUUUCUGCCACGUCAGAUCGCCAAAGACGCUGGUCACAAGGCAGCAGCCAAGGAGCUGAGGAAAUCUGAGAAGCAACAUGGGAAAGGCAAAUCUGCCGACUUCGGUCACAUGUCAGUUCCCUGGGCCCUGGCCCUCCACGACUGGUCUGACGAGUAUCAGACUGAGCUACGGAAAGCCUUUGGGAGCGAAUCAGAGACUGUCACCACAGAGGUGUUUAUUUCGGUGUUGGAGUAUCUAAAAGCUCCGGCAGAUGUGGACAAACUCGCAAAAGUCAUUUUAGCACAUGACAGGGAAAAAUUGGGGUGCAUCAACAUUAAUGAGUUCAUCAAAGGGGUCAAGUACAUCAAGAAACCAUACCUCCUCUCCGCUUAUUUGCCUAAAAUCAAAAAGGAGAAGGGGGGUAAGGGAAAGAAGAAGGGUAAAUUUGUCCUCCCAAUGCCCAUUUGCACCCUCACACCGGACCUCAUGCCCCGGCGACAGGACGGAGGCCCGCCUCACCUAAUGAUCGAGACGUACAACAACUGCACAGACAUCCGCCGAUUCGACCGCGACCAUCCACCGGAACAUCCCAUAAUGAAUGACACUGGGUGGUACAUCGAGAAGCCAGAGAAGGUCUUCGCGAAUGUCAACUACCUCGUGAAAAGCGGAGAUCUGGAGUCUUUGGACCUGGCCUUCAGUCAGGGGGUUUCUGUGGAUGUUCGAGAUCGCUUUUAUAAAACCCCGCUGAUGGCGGCAUCCUCCGGUGGCAACUAUGAGGUGGCUCAAUACCUCCUCAGCCGAGGGGCAGAUGUAAACGAAUGUGACCAGUUCUUCUGGACGCCGCUCCACCACGCGGCCCACGCUGGCCAAGUGGAGCUUGUUGAACUUCUUUUGGAGGCUGGGGCCGCCAUCGAUGCUCCAACGCUCAGCGGAGGCACGCCCCUGAUGAGGGCCAUCCAGAGCUCUCAACUCCCCUGUGUGGACUUCCUCAUUAAGGCUGGAGCCAAUGUUAAUGCGGAGAACAAGAAAGAACAACAUUGCCUCGACAUUGCGAUCGCUUUUGCAGACCCCAGGGUACUGGAGUCAGUCCAAAUCAAGAUGGAUUCUCAGCCUAAACCAAGGGGGGAGACAUCGAAGGGAAAGGGGGGCAAAACACAAAAACCUAAAUCCGCUAAAGAGAAGGGCUUUGCAGCAGGAGGUGUGGUGCACGCGGAGUCGUCAACUGCAACAGCAGGGAGGACGUCUCAGAGGGAUUCAAAGAGCGUCAUCCUGCUUAACACCAGCAUCACUACAGGGAAAACAAACAAGACGGAUAUCACCUUCGCGCCCAAAUCGGUUUGGGGGAAGCCGCCCACCACCAGCCAGCUGAUGUCAAAGAUAGAGAGACGGAAGAGGCUCCUCCUCUCCCCCGAGGUGGACUUCGACGACUUUGUGAUGCCUUUCGGCCAGAACCUCCAUCCAGAGGACGACGCAGCUGGAGCGCAAGGAAACCACAGACUAGACAGGAAGUAGGUUAGACGGAGAGAGACACCCAGACGUCUUGGACUCACACACUGUUACCUAAGCCAGUUGGCCAGUACCUGCAACCAACAUGGACAUUCGAUCUAGUUUGGAUUCAUCGCAGUUUUUCACUACAGCUGCUUCAAUCGACACAGUUGGACUUCAUAUGUUACCAAACCUCUCGUCAUUUAGUAUCAGUAAUUUGAAUACUUACAGUACAUGUAUAGUUUUAUCAAGCUAACUUGGAGUCUUGGUGGAGUCAGCUUUUAUUAUGAUGAUCAUAUGAUAAAGUCAUCCAAAUAAUACAAAUGUGAAUAAUCAAUUGAAAUUAUUCAUAUUUCUUAGGUACACAUCAUACCUCACAUGUAUAUCUACAAUGCUCAGUAGGGACUGUUUUGUGUCUCUUGGCAACCGUCAAACACAGUAAAAACCCUAUAUAUAUAUAUUUAUUAACAGACUGGAACACUGGUACUGAAUAUAAAUAUUGUAUGCGUGAAUACAUAAUCGGCGACCACUGUGUUUACGCUGCUUUCAGCCUGGUUCAAAGCCAGAACCCUUUUUUCUGUCUAAAAUGAUACGUCGGACAUAAAUCAAUUUACACUUCUGUAAGAGAGUUUUAGUGUCACAGGUUGUGGGUGAAGCCGUGCACAGAGGUGAAACUACUGUAAGUUCACACUGCAGACAGGAAGUCGCUUACGAUCCUGACUCUGCAGUGUCUGGGGC